AGCACAGCGAACUAUCACUUCUGUCGCGGCGGCGAUCCGAUCCCCUUACCAAAAAUCGGUGCCCACUGCCCACCAAACCGUAGCACCGGAUGUGGUAACCGGUAAGCAAGACAGAUGCAAAAGAAGCUCAAAAGGAAGGUGCUGUACAGACCUGGCGAGAAGCCUGCGUCGCAGCUGCCGUCCUGCUAGCUCUUGCCGAGCAAAAGCCAUGGUAAGUCAGGGGGUUUCUUGGAGUGGCGUUAAAGCCUGCAGAGGUGGAUGGGCGUCACAGAGAAGAGAGGAGAACCAACCAACGAACUCACUCACUCACCGGCCGCUGGCUUACGGCCUGGACAGCAAAUGUGUCCGCACACACGUACACGGGUACACCCCCACCUCACUCCCCGUCCUGUUCCUCCUUUUGUCGCGGUCAUUGAGAGCUCGAUCGUCCUGCGGCAAGGAGAGCUCCUCUCCUCUCUUUUGUCCAUUCAUGAUCAGCAGCAAGAAUGGGCUUGGCGAUGAAGUGCGUCUUGCUUCUCCUCACCGCCUCCCUUGUGCUCCUCCUGCUCAACUUCCAGGUCCUGGAGGGGGCUCCCCGCCUUCCGAGCCAUGAGCGCGGCGGUGUCGUGGUGGUGACCCGUGAUGCCAGUUCCUCUUUCGUCUCCAGGUUCAGGAUGCUGAUAGGCUUGGAUCAUCAUUGGUCGCGACACCAGAGGCACCGACACGAUUCUGAAGCUCCAGCUCCAGCACCAGCAACAUCACCUCAUCAAGCAAGAGCACCCGUUCCAGCUCCUGCUCCUCUUCCCCAUACUAGUCACAGCAGGAUGCCACUGAAAACCCGCAGCCACACUGCUCCGGUGAGAAGCGUGGCACGCAAACUGGGCGGUGGAGGCCAUACCAAGCUCCCGAAAGCCGCCAUUGUCGCUCUGGCCACGGUUGGGGCGUGUCUGCUUGUUCUUGGAAUCGCCGUAGCAGCAGUCUCACUCAGGAGAUCAAGGAAGAUUCAGAAGAAGCCAUUCAAGCUGUUGUUCCAUGGAUCGAGAUCUCACAGGUCACCUUGUGCUACCAUGAAGGUUAGUUCCCAUCCUAGCCCAGAUAUGCUGUUCCUGAGUUCUGCUGUGCAACGCCUAGAGGACUACCCGAUCCUCAAGGAAUCUUCAGAAUCUAAGAGCUUAUGCACACCUUCAAAAAGUGCAGAGCUAAUCAUACGCGAUUAUACUGUGAGAACCAACGUCAACUUGCAGUCUGAUGAGGCUGAUUCUUUCCAUUCCGUACCUUGUUCUCGUUCGUCAGGUGGCUCCAACGCAGAGUCACCGUUGCAGAUUUGCAAUAAAACUGUCACAGAUCCAUCCCCGUCUUCUCCACACGCAGAUGAUUCACCAUCUGGUUCCUCAUAUCAAUCACUAUCACCAGAUUUUAGAUCUCACUUCUCUCCAAAGACUCCAACUUCAACAGCUUCUGAUCACACCCAUGUGAGUAACACCUUUUGCCAUCCUCCAGCGAAACAAUACUAUCAAGAAACUGGCAAAAGAGCUAACACUUCUGGAUCCAUGGCACAUCCUGAAUCUCCAAGAAUAGAGCAGGACAACUCAAAUUGCUACAUGAAUCCAUCCUCAGGAUACAAAUGCACUUCCCAUGGUACAGAGAUCACACCCUCGGAAACAAACACAGCAUUUAGUGCGUCAAGCGCAAAAUUCAAUUUGGAUUCUAAGGAGACCUCAAGGAGUUCAGCAGCAGAAGCUGAGUUCAAACCAUCAAGUGCAACAAGUGUCCUGAAAUCACCACCGCCCCCUCCGAAAUCACCACCGCCGCCUCCACCACCAAACAAACAUCUUUCCAGUCUUAAAGGGCAGAACACUGGCCAGCCUCCACUCCCACCUCCAUUACCGAUUCAGGUACAAGUUGGCAAAGAUGGAUUACCCCUUCCAAGGUUGAAACCUUUGCACUGGGACAAAGUAAGGGCAGCUCCAAACCGCUCCAUGGUGUGGAAUGACAUUCAGUCAAGUUCCUUUGAGUUCGAAUUUGAUGAGCAGAUGAUAAACUCUUUGUUUGCAUACAACUUUCAAGGCCCAGUAAAAACUGAGGACAACAAAAACAAGACUCUAUCUAGCAGCAAUCAUGUUAUUGAGCACCACAAACUUCAAAAUACUACUAUAUUGCUGAAGACCUUAAAUGCGAGCACUGAACAAGUCUGCGAUUCUAUAACAGAAGGUACUGGAUUAUCUGUGCAACAACUAGAAGCUCUGGUCAAGAUGAAACCAUCUGAGGAAGAAGAGAAAAAGUUGCUGGAUUACGAUGGGGACAUCAACAUUUUGGAUCCAGCAGAGAACUUUGUCAAGGUGCUAUUGACAAUACCAAUGGCAUUUUCAAGAAUUGAGGUGAUGCUGUACAAGGAAACUUUUGAUGAUGAAGUUUCCCAUCUCAGAAUGUCCUUCACAUUGAUUAAAGGAGCCUGCAGCGAACUCAGGUCCAGCAAAUUAUUCUUAAGGUUACUUGAAGCAGUACUGAAGACAGGAAACAGAAUGAAUGUUGGAACAAUAAGAGGAGGUGCAAGUGCUUUCAAACUCGACGCAUUGCUGAAACUGUCAGAUAUACGUGGAGCUGAUGGGAAGACAACCCUCCUCCAUUUUGUUGUUCAAGAGAUGGUACGGUCACAAGGGUCAAAAGCUUCAGAUAAGAUCAGUGGAACACCAGGACCAUGUCACGCCACACCAGCAGGACGUGAAGAGUACUUGGAAAUGGGUACAGAAUUUGUUUCUGAGUUAAGUAAUGAGCUUGCCAAUGUCAAGAAGGUGGCAAGCAUAGACCUGGAUACCUUAAAAAGCUCAAUCUCAAAUCUUUCACAAGGACUGGCUCAACUAAGAAGGCUUGUUGGAAAGGACCUUACCUGCAAUGACAGGAACCAGAACUUCCUGCAUUGCAUGAGAUCAUUCCAAACUCAUGCAGAGAAUACAAUGCAGGAGCUCAAAGUUGCUGAAGCCGAGGUCCUACAGCAGGUCAGAGAACUCACAGAGUAUUAUCAUGGAGACAUUGGCAAGAAUGAGUCCAACCUUCUCCACAUAUUUAUCAUCAUGAGAGAUUUUCUUGGUUUGCUAGAUAGGGUGUGCAGAGAGAUGAGAGGUUCAAAGCACAUCCAAUAUCUAAACAUAGUACUUCCACUCAGGUGAAUACUUUGAUGAUCAGACUUCAGAUUAACCAGCGGGACAUUAACAAACUAACUUUUUUGUGUAACUGUGUGUAUAGUUAUUAGCUUGAGAUGAGUUGGUGGGUUGGUAUCAACUAUGGAGAAUUUGUACAUGUGCAGAGUUGUAUUAGAAUGAUGGUCGGUUGGAUUGCAUGGUUUUCAAGUUUGUUAAAUAUACUCACAACUUAACGCUGAA